AUGUUGCUGAUCAUAGGCUGCAAAGGGCUGAACAAGGAUAAUGGGCUGGACCUCAGCCAGCUCAUGACCUUCCUCUUUCCUUCAUGCCCUUGUGAUGAAGUGGUCUUUGGUGAAGGAGCCUUUACUAAUCCUGCUCUGGAGCUGAGGCUGAAGGAUGGAGCCCACAGGUGUGAGGGGAGAGUGGAAGUGAAGCACCAAGGAGCUUGGGGCACAGUGUAUGUUCAGUACUGGUUUCUGGAGGAUGCAAAUACGUUGUGCAGACACCUGGAAUGUGGAGUUGCCAUUGAUGCUCCCAGAGGGUCUUAUUUUGGACCAAGACUUGGCACUAUUUGGUAUUUCUGUCUUUCUUGCAACAGGACAGAGCCUGAAUCAACUUUGAGUAUCAAUAACUGUGUUCAACCUGAUUUUAAAAACAAUACUCAUAUCUUGUCUCAUGACCAGGAUAUUGGAGUGGUCUGCUCAGACAGCAGACAGCUUCGCCUGGUGGACGGGGGAGGUCCCUGCUCUGGGAGAGUGGAGAUCCUUGACCAGGGCUCCUGGGGCACCAUCUGUGAUGGCGGCUGGGACCUGGACGAUGCCCGCGUGGUGUGCAGGCAGCUGGGCUGUGGAGAAGCCCUCAGUGCCACGGGGUCUGCUCACUUCGGAGCGGGAUCAGGGUCCAUCUGGCUGGACGACCUGAACUGCACAGGAAAGGAGUCCUACGUAUGGAAGUGUCCUUCCCGAGGCUGGGGAGAGAAGCUCCGGCUCAGGGGAGGAGACAGCGAGUGCUCAGGGCGGGUGGAGGUCUGGCACAGCGGCUCCUGGGGCACCGUGUGCGAUGACUCCUGGAGCCUGGCAGAGGCCGAGGUGGUGUGUCAGCAGCUGGGCUGUGGCCCGGCCCUGGAAGCCGUGCGGGCCGCGGCGUUUGGCCCUGGAAACGGGAGCAUCUGGCUGGACGAGGUGCGGUGCGGGGGCCGGGAGUCCCCCCUGUGGGCCUGUGCCGCGGGGCCCUGGGGGCAGAGCGACUGCAAGCACGAGGAGGACGCCGGGGUGAGGUGCUCUGAUCUGGAGGUGAGGCUGAAGGAUGGAGCCCACCGCUGUGAGGGGAGAGUGGAAGUGAAGCACCACGGAGAAUGGGGCACAGUGGAUGAUGACUACUGGAGCUUGAAGGAUGCAUCUGUAGUGUGCAGACAGCUGGGGUGUGGAACUGCCAUUGGUUUUCCUGGAAGGGCUUAUUUUGGGCCAGGACUUGGCCCCAUUUGGCUUUUGUAUACUUUAUGUAAAGGAACAGAGUCAACUGUCAGCGACUGUAGGCAUUCUGAUAUUAAAGACUAUCGUAAUAAUAGCUAUGCCCAUGACCGGGAUACUGGAGUAGUCUGCUCAGGAUUUGCACGUCUGGCUGGAGGGGAUGGACCCUGCUCAGGGCGAGUAGAAGUGCAUUCUGGAGAAGCCUGGAUCCCAGUGUCUGAUGGGAACUUCACACUCCCGACUGCCCAGGUCAUCUGUGCAGAGCUGGGGUGCGGCAAGGCUGUGUCUAUCUUGGGACACGUGCCCUUCAGAGAGUCCGAUGGCCAGGUCUGGGCUGAAGAGUUCAGGUGUGAGGGGGAGGAGCCUGAGCUCCGGGUCUGCCCCAGAGUGCCCUGUCCAGGGGGCACGUGUCACCAUAGUGGAGCUGCUCAGGUUGUCUGUUCAGCAUACUCAGAAGUCCGGCUCAUGACAAACGGCUCCUCUCAGUGUGAGGGGCAGGUGGAGGUGAACAUUUCUGGACGAUGGAGAGUGCUCUGUGCCUCCCACUGGAGUCUGGCCAAUGCCAAUGUUGUCUGUCAUCAGCUCGGCUGUGGAGUUGCCAUUUCCACUCCCAGAGGACCACACGUGGUGGAAGAAGGUGAUCAGAUCUCAACAGUCCGAUUUCACUGCUCAGGGGCUGAGUCCUUCCUGUGGAGUUGUCCUGUGACUGUCCUGGGUGGGCCUGACUGUUCCCAUGGCAACAGAGCCUCUGUGAUCUGCUCAGGAAACCAGACCCAGGUGCUGCCCCAGUGCAACAACUCCCUGUCUGAACCAGCAGGCUCUGCGGCCUCAAAGGAGAGCUCCCCCUACUGCUCAGACAGCAGACAGCUCCGCCUGGUGGACGGGGGCGGUCCCUGCGCCGGGAGAGUGGAGAUCCUUGACCAGGGCUCCUGGGGCACCAUUUGUGAUGACGGCUGGGACCUGGACGAUGCCCACGUGGUGUGCAGGCAGCUGGGCUGUGGACCAGCUCUCAAUGCCACGGGGUUUGCUCACUUCGGGGCAGGAUCAGGGCCCAUCUGGCUGGACAACCUGAAUUGCACAGGAAAGGAGUCCCAUGUGUGGAGGUGCCCUUCCCGAGGCUGGGGGCAGCACGACUGCAGACACCAGCAGGACGCGGGGGUCAUCUGCUCAGAGUUCCUGGCCCUCAGGAUGGUGAGUGAGGACCACCAGUGUGCUGGGUGGCUGGAAGUUUUCUACAACGGGACCUGGGGCAGUGUCUGCCACAACCCCAUGGAGGACAUCACUGUGUCCAUGAUCUGCAGACAGCUUGGCUGUGGGGACAGUGGAACCCUCAACUCUUCUCUUGCUCUUAGAGAAGGUUCUAGACCCCAGUGGGUGGAUGGAAUCCGGUGUCGGAAAACUGACACCUCUCUCUGGCAGUGUUCUUCUGACCCUUGGAAUUACACUUCAUGUUCUCCAGAGGAGGAAGCCUACAUCUCGUGUGCAGACAGCAGACAGCUCCGCCUGGUGGACGGGGGCGGUCCCUGCGCCGGGAGAGUGGAGAUCCUGGACCAGGGCUCCUGGGGCACCAUCUGUGAUGACCGCUGGGACCUGGACGAUGCCCGCGUGGUGUGCAGGCAGCUGAGCUGUGGAGAAGCCCUGGAUGCCACUGUCUCUUCUUACUUCGGGGCGGGAUCAGGGCCCAUCUGGCUGGAUGAAGUGAGCUGCAGAGGAGAGGAGUCCCAAGUGUGGAGGUGCCCUUCCUGGGGAUGGCGGCAACACAACUGCGAUCAUCAAGAAGAUGCAGGAGUCAUCUGCUCAGGAUUUGUGCAUCUGGCUGGAGGGGAUGGACCCUGCUCAGGGCGAGUAGAAGUGCGUUCUGGAGAAGCCUGGACCCCAGUGUCUGAUGGGAACUUCACACUCCCCAUUGCCCAGGUCAUCUGUGCAGAGCUGGGGUGUGGCAAGGCUGUGUCUGUCCUGGGACACGAGCCCAUCAGAGAAUCUGAUGGCCGGGUCUGGGCUGAAGAGUUCAGGUGUCAGGGGGAGGAGCCUAAGCUCUGGUCCUGCCCCAGAGUGCCCUGUCCAGGGGGCAUGUGCCACCAUAGUGGAGCUGCUCAGGUUGUCUGUUCAGUGUACACAGAAGUCCAGCUUAUGAAAAAUGGCACCUCUCAGUGUGAGGGGCGGGUGGAGAUGAAUAUUUCUGGACAAUGGAGAGCUCUCUGUGCCUCCCACUGGAGUCUGGCCAAUGCCAAUGUUGUCUGUCGUCAGCUCAGCUGUGGCAUUGCCAUCUCCACCCCAAAUGGAGCAGAAGGAAGUGAUCAACUCUGGAAAGCCCGAUUUCACUGCUCAGGGACUGAGUCCUUCCUGUGGCAAUGCCCUGUGACUGCCCUGGGUGUUCCUGACUGUUCCCAUGGCAACACGGCCUCUGUGAUCUGCUCAGGAAACUACACCCAGGUGCUGCCCCAGUGCAAUGACUCCCUGUCUGAAGUAGCAGGCUCUGCGGCCUCAGAGGAGAGCGCCCCCUACUGCUCAGACAGCAGACAGCUCCGCCUGGUGGACGGGGGCGGUCCCUGCGCCGGGAGAGUGGAGAUCUUUGACCACGGCUCCUGGGGCACCAUCUGUGAUGACGGCUGGGACCUGGAGGAUGCUCACGUGGUGUGCAGGCAGCUAGGCUGUGGAGAAGCCCUCAAUGCCACGGAGUCUGCUCACUUUGGGGCAGGGUCAGGGCCCAUCUGGCUGGACGACCUAAACUGCACAGGAAAGGAAUCCCACGUGUGGAAGUGCCCUUCCCGGGGCUGGGGGCGGCACGACUGCAGACACAAGGAGGACGCGGGGGUCAUCUGCUCAGAGUUCCUGGCCCUCAGGAUGGUCAGCGAGGACCAGGAGUGUGCUGGGUGGUUGGAAGUUUUCUACAACGGGACCUGGGGCAGUGUCUGCCGCAGCCCCAUGGAUGAGGUCACCGUGUCCAUCAUCUGCAGUCAACUUGGCUGUGGGGACAGUGGAAGUCUCUACACUUCUGUUGGUCUCAGGGAAGGUUCUAGACCCCGGUGGGUAGAUUUAAUCCAAUGUCGGAAAACUGAUACCUCUCUCUGGCAGUGUCCUUCUGGCCCAUGGAAAUACAGUUCAUGCUCUCCAAAGGAGGAAGCCUACAUCUCAUGUGCAGGAAGAAGACCCAAGAGCUGUCCAGCUGCUGCCCCCUGCACAGACAGAGAGAAGCUCCGGCUCAGGGGAGGAGACAGCGAGUGCUCAGGGCGGGUGGAGGUCUGGCACAGCGGCUCCUGGGGCACCGUGUGCGAUGACUCCUGGAGCCUGGCAGAGGCCGAGGUGGUGUGUCAGCAGCUGGGCUGUGGCCCGGCCCUGGAAGCCGUGCGGGCCGCGGCAUUUGGCCCUGGAAACGGGAGCAUCUGGCUGGACGAGGUGCGGUGCGGGGGCCGGGAGUCCUCCCUGUGGGCCUGUGCCGCGGGGCCCUGGGGGCAGAGCAACUGCAAGCAUGAGGAGGACGCCGGGGUAAGGUGCUCUGGUGAACAGCUCCGCCUGGUGGACGGGGGCGGUCCCUGCGCCGGGAGAGUGGAGAUCCUGGACCAGGGCUCCUGGGGCACCAUCUGUGAUGACGGCUGGGACCUGGACGAUGCCCACGUGGUGUGCAGGCGGCUGGGCUGUGGAGAAGCCCUCAAUGCCACGAGGUCUGCUCACUUCGGGGCGGGAUCAGGGCGCAUUUGGCUGGACGACCUGAACUGCACAGGAAAGGAGUCCCAAGUGUGGAGGUGCCCUUCCCGGGGCUGGGGUCGGCAUGACUGCAGACACAAGGAGGACGCGGGGGUCGUCUGCUCAGAUUUCCUGGCCCUCAGGAUGGUGAGCGAGGACCAGGAGUGUGGUGGGUGGCUGGAAGUUUUCUACAAUGGGACCUGGGGCAGUGUCUGCCGCAGCCCCAUGGAAGACAUCACCGUGUCCAUGAUCUGCAGAGAGCUUGGCUGUGGGAACAGUGGAAGUCUCAACCCUUUAGUUGCUCUUAGGGAAGGUUCUAGACCCCGCUGGGUAGAUGGAAUCUGUUGUCAGAAAACUGACACUUCUCUCUGGCAGUGUCCUUCUGACCCUUGGGAUUACAACUCAUGCUCUUCAAAGGAAGAAGCCUAUAUCUCAUGUGCAGACAGAGAGAAGCUCCGGCUCAGGGGAGGAGACAGCGAGUGCUCAGGGCGGGUGGAGGUCUGGCACAGCGGCUCCUGGGGCACCAUGUGCGAUGACUCCUGGAGCCUGACAGAGGCCGAGGUGGUGUGUCAGCAGCUGGGCUGUGGCCUGGCCCUGGAAGCCGUGCGGGCCGCGGCGUUUGGCCCUGGAAACGGGAGCAUCUGGCUGGACGAGGUGCGGUGCGGGGGCCGGGAGUCCUCCCUGUGGGCCUGUGCCGCGGGGCCCUGGGGGCAGAGCGACUGCAAGCACGAGGAGGACGCCGGGGUGAGGUGCUCUGGUGAUGAGAGAACAGCUGUUCCCUCCAGCCACAGAAGUAAGUGUUCUGCUGCUCUGAGCACCCCUGGCAUCUUCUCCCUUCCCAUGAUCAUCUGCAUCAUCCUCGGAGCCCUUCUCUUCAUGAUCCUCAUCAUCCUGAGGAUUCAACUACACAGAUGGAGAGCAGAGCGCCAAGAGUUAUCUGAUUUUGAAGAUGCUGUUGAUGAAGCUGUGUACCAGGAGAUUGAUGACAUCAUAAACCCAGGGAAGAAGGACCUGUUAGACAGCCAAGAGCCUCCGGGACAGAACAUCAACACCAUAGGAAAUGGUUAUGAUGAUGUUGAUGAGUUAUCUGUUCCUGUAAAUCCUUUAUUCCCUGGGAUGAAUGAGAAUAACUUUUUCCCAGAUGAUAGAGGUGGUGCCAGGUAUUCCCAGACUGGCAUCUCUCUGAAGUCUCUGAGAGAAACUGUCGACUCUGGGGUGGAAGAGAAGGAGUCCUCAUUGGUCCUGAGACAAGAAGAGCAUGGAUAUGAUGAUGUUGAGCUUAGCACCAUGUAG